UUUUUUUUUUAUUUUCAAUGCAGAACUGCUACUGUCACUUUGGAUAAAAAUGUCGCUAUUCCUGGUAUGAACGGUUUCAAGGAUGUUUCCAUCAAAACUUUUGAAUUACCUUCUGAUAAUCCCAAUGGAGGUAUCGAUGUCAAACUUGGCACUGUAUUGGUUAGUCCUUCUCCUGUAGGUGUUCAAAUGGGAACUAUUGAAAUGGAUAUGGCCUAUCAAGGUGUUAAUCUUGGUCGUGUACGCGCUGAAAACGUUACUUUGAAACAAGGUCCAAACGAAAUUCCUCUUACUGGUGUUUUAAUUCCUCAAACAGAUCCUGCUGCUUUGGAAAAAGUUGGAAAUAUGUUUACUACUUAUGUUAGCGGUGCUGUUGCUCAAACUUCUGCUACUGGUGUAUCUGCUGCUCCUAAUGGUAAAGACUCGGUUGACUGGCUUACCAAUGCUUUCAAAACUGUUCAACUCAAUGUCGGCUUGUCUAAUGCUGGUGGUCCUCUCAAGAUGAUUAAUGCUGUCAAUAUGGGUUAUCUUGAUCUUGCUUUCAAUGCUAAUGCUCCCUAUGCUCCUGUCUUAUCUGCUCCUUCUAUUGUUGCUGAUUUCCACAUUCCUUUUGGUUUCUCUUUGGAUAUUUACGAAGUCACUCAAAAUAUCACCAUGAACUCUACAUCCGGUGGCAACUUUUCUGAAUUGAUUGUUCCUUGGGUUCCUUCUCAAAGUAAUCAAGCUACUGGAAAACUUCAAUUUGCCGUCUCAAAUUCACCAAUUACUGCUUUGCCUGGAAAGGAUAGUGCCUUUGAUGACUACACUUUUGAUUUGACUGCUUCCGAUAGUUAUACUUUUGGCGUCACUGGUCUUGCGACAACAAAGACAAAAACUCCUAUUGGUAAUAUUACUCUUGGUGGUGUCACUUUCUCUGUACCUACUUCUCUUCAUGGUUUACAAUUCUUGAACAGUACUCCUACUGUCAUCAACAGUGUCGAUAUGACUGGUGGUACUCAACAAGCUCUUCAAUUGGAUAUUGGUGUGACAAUGGGUAAUCCUUCUGAUUUCAGCAUGUCAGUGGGUGAUGUUACUUUUGCCAUGUUUGCUGGUUCUACUCAAGUCGGUACUGUUACUUUAGCCAAUUUGACUCUUCAACGUGGUGACAAUACUGUGGUGGCCAAGGCUAACUUUGAUCCUAAAUCUUCUCAAGAUGGUCAAGGUAUGCUUACUGCUUUUGUUAUGGGCAAGAAUAGCUCUGCUUCUAUUGGUGGUUUCCAACAAUCUACUGCUAUCCAAUCUUUGGUCAAGGCUCUUUCUGCUAUUAAGAUCGAUACUACUCUUCCUGGUCUCAAAUCUCCUUUGAUUCAAAGUGCUGCUUUGACUGUCUUACCAGAUACUAUUCAAACAAGUAUUGUGAAUGUUGCUGUAUCUAUUGCCAAUCCUUUUACUGCUGGUUUAGCUAUUACUAAGGUCAGGUCUGCUGCUACUUACAAAGGUAUGCCUGUUGGAAACAUUGAUCAAGAUAUCAGUAAUAAUCCUUUCGUUAUUGGUGGUCAUGCUACUGCUUCUUCCCCUCAAUUGAACAUGCAAAUGAACUUGGAACCUGCCGCUGUUGCUCUAUUGAUGCGUGAUCUUGCUGUUGAUGCUCAUUUGGAUACCAAACCUUUGGAUGGUUUACUUGGUAUGGGUGGUUUCCAUAUUCAAGGUCAAGAAAAUGUUGAUCCUACUGCUGCUCUCUUCAAGGGUUUCAAUAUCUCCAGCUUUGUAAUGCAAGCCAUGACUGCUCUCAAGACCGAUCUGAAUUUGGAAUCUACUCUUCAAGUAGGUGAAUAUACUGAUGACUUGUCCUUCUCUCAAAAUGGUGUUCAAAUUACUUCUGAUGGUACUGUGACCCGAUUGAUUCCUGUGGUUGGUCAACCUAUUGUACAACAAAUUGUGAAUGGUGCUAUUCUCGGUUUUGAUAACCUUAUCUUAUCUGAUCCUACCAACAACAAUGCCAAGGUUCAAAUGAAGGGUUCUAUCACCAAAACAGGUCCUAUGGAUGCUACUAUUUCUUUCCCUACUCCUUUGACUAUUCGCUGGCAAGGAAAGACUCUUGGUACUGCUACUAUGCCUCCUGUUCAAGCCAUUGCUGAUCAAGGUGCUCAAUUUGAUGUUCCUUCUAACUUUGUGAUUACUGAUCAAGAUGCUAUGCAAGCCUUUGCCGCCUACAUGAUCAACAAUGAGGAAUUUGUCUGGGAUAUUGUCUCUAACGAUGUCUCUGUCACUGCUCUUGGUUUUACUUUUACUGGUAUCAAGAUGGAAAAAUUCGUGACUCUCAAGGGUGCCAAUGGAUUCAAGGGUGCUGUCACUAUCAACUCUUUCGACUUACCAUCCAACGAUCCUGCUGGCGGUAUUACUCUCACUUGUAACACCACUAUUGUCAAUCCUUCUCAAGUCGGUUUCUCUCUCAACUCUGUGUCAUUCAACAGUUUCUUCGAUGAUGUAUUAAUUGGUCCUCUUGCUGCUGCUCCUGGUAAUUUUGCUCCUAGUGGUUCUUCCUCUAUUCAAAUGAAGGGUCGCAUGGUUCCUCAAAAUAGUCAACAGGGUUUGGAUGCUGUUACUACUGUGUUUGAAAACUAUCUCAAUGCCAAUGAUUCGCUCUUGGUGGUACAAGGUGAUGCUGCAAGUGGUCCUGCUGGUCAAGUUGGUUGGCUCACUAGUGCUUUCAAGACUCUCAAGAUCGAAAAUGUAGUUUUGCCUGGACCCAAGGUCAAACCUAAUUUGAUUCCUUCCAUUACUAUGAUGAACAUGCAACUGGAUUUCACUAAGGAUCCUUAUUCUCCUAGUACAAGCUCUACCAAUGUCCAAGCUCAACUCAAGAAUCCUUUCGGUUUCCCUCUAGGUGUUUCUCAAUUGAACAUGGAAGCAGAUGCUAGCUUCUCCAAUCAAAAGAUGGCCCAUCUUUCUGUUCCUGAUGAAAAAGCGACUACCAAUAGUGGUGAAGUGGUUCAAACUCAAUUCUCUGACCUUCCCUUCAAGAUCGAAAGUGGUGCUCAUGAAUUAUAUAGUACCUUCCUUACUGGUCUCACCAAGUCUGCCAAUGCUUCCUUUGGUCUUAGUGGUACUACCAAUGCUAUCUCAACUACCGCUGUGGGUAAUCUCAAUCUCAAAGGUAUUGGUUUUGAUGUUGUUACUAGUUUGGCCGGUUUCGCAAACUUUGAUGGAAAGACAGAUAUUCUCUCACUCGCUGUCAGUGGUGGUACCAAGGAUUAUACUAUUGUCAGUACUGUUAUUGGUUUCAACAAUCCUUCUCAAAUUACAAUCACUGUUGGUGAUAUCAACUUUUCUUCCAAGAUGUCGGAUGGAUCCGUAGUUGGCCAAGUAUUUGUCAAAUCUGCUGUGAUCAAACCUGGUGCAAAUCAAUUUGAUGCAGAAUUCCAUCUUGCUGGUGACACCAAGGCUAUUGGACAAUUAUUCUCUGAUUAUUUGACCAAGGCUGUGGUUCCUUUGACUAUUUUUGGUACAUCUACCUCUACCACGAUUGAACCUUUGAAGGAAGCUUUCCAAACAGUGAAUCUUGCUACUACUAUGACUGGUAUUCAAUCCAACUUGGUUGCUGGUGUCAAGGUUAGUGUUACUAUUGGUGAUCUUGUUACCAAAAAGGCUCAAACAGUGGUGACUCUCCAAAAUCCUCUCAAAACAUCAUAUACUUUGACUGCUCUAAAAGCUGAUGUGUUCUUCCCUGGUAAGAGUGGUAAUUUCAAGGUGGGUCACAUUGAUUCUAUUCCUGGUCCUUGUGCCGUUCCUGCUGGUGGCUCUACUACUUGUGAUCAAUGGGAAGUUUCAAUGGAUGCGAAUAUUGCUCAAUUAUUGGAAGUUGUAACUGCUUCUGACAAGAGUAUGGAUUUACAACAAAAUCUUACUACUACUAUUGGUGGCUCGGAUGGUUAUGUAUCAAGCUUCUAUUAUUAUCAAGACAAGGUACCGACUGAAAUGGAUGUUGAUCUUGGUAUCUUUAAUUUGCCUUUGGGACCAAAGGUUAACACAACUGCAAAUCCUCUUGAAUCUAUGCCUGGUGGAUCAGUAUUAAGCUCUGCAACUUCAUCUCUUUUACCUUCUGUAUCUGACAUUUUGAAUCUUCCUACUGGUUCAUCUGGAAGUGACAAAUCCAAACCUUCAGCGACUCCAACUGAUACUGGAAAUGACAAAUCCAAUCCUACAACAACAAGUGAUGAUAAAUCCAAGGCCACUCCUACUAGCAAUGAUUCCAAGCCAUCUAGCGAUUCAUCUAAAAAUGAUGGAUCUUCGUCCUCCUCUUCUGCCUCCCAUCACUUUAUCUUUCCCUUUUAGACUCAUUUGAUUGAUUUCAAUUUAGAUGUAGACUAUUUUAUACAGUAAUUUAUAUUUUGUUUAUCUCAAUAAAACAUGAUUUAAUCAUUAUUACUUUA